CAUCUCAAGUACUAUCAAUAAUAGAAAUUAAGCCCGAUCAGCUGAUGAGACAGUUGCUGGACAAUGGAUUAGAUUUGUACGAGGCUUAUAACAGAGCAUUGACAGCGGCUGAUGAUGAACUACUAUGUUUACUAAACAUCAUCAGAUCGUUAGACACACAUUUGGCUAUAUGGUCGUUAAUGACCUUCGAUACGAUGCUUACGACUUAUGUUCGAACAUGGUUUUCUACUGUGAUCAUAACAAUCCGAACAUCAUCUAUAUUCUCCUGUAAUCAGAACCACAUGUCUACUCAAGCUUCAUUCUUAGAAUGUGUGUACUAUCAUGAAACUCUAUUUACAUUGAAAUGCACACCUUUAUCACCUACCGAUAACGAAAAACUUGAAGAUAUGAAAAACUAUGAACGCAGCCAGUUUUCUUUUGUCGAUGUGUUAGGUAAUGUUCGAUCUGGAGUUAGUAUUGAAGCCAAGCUUUGCGGAAAGCUUCUAACAUUCGGAAUCCUUAACGAGGUUUUUGUUUUUAUUUUAACAUCGCUUUCUGGAAAAUCUUUUGCGGAAUUAGAUGAUGUCACGGAAAGGGAAAAACAGUUGGCCAUCGAGGGUUUACAGGCUAUGCAUGCAAGGGGAGUGAUUCAUGGGAUGUUAGGUGACGGUGAUGAUGGUAAUGGUGAUGAUUUAUUCCAUAAGUCCCGAACGAUUUACUGUUAUCCUAUAAAAAAGCAAAUUCGUUUAGAAUCAUUUCAUGGAGUUCCUGAUGUGCCUUCUGGAGUAACCACUUUUCACAGACAUCCCUAG